AUCUUGGACGCUCAGGUGGAGGCGUUCUUGGAAGGGGGGCCGAGGAGCGUGAAAGACUACAUCACCGAAUAUAAGAUGACCGCCCUCGGCUUCUUUAGGUACUAUGUGUAUGGCGACAAGGAGGACGAUGUCCAACUUUGGCCGAGGAUGACCACUACCUUCGAAGAGGCCGACGGCCCGGAUUUUGGCAUUCCUGCUGAGGCCGAUGAUUUUGUUAUGGAUCGCCGUUCAAUCAUGGCCAUAGCCAAGGCCAAGGCGGCCGAGGAGUUGGCUGCAAAGGCGGCCGAGGCGGCCAGACGUGCCGCGGCCGAGGGGGGCGG